AUGUCAGACUCUGUCUCAAGCGAAGCGUCGGGCCGCUCAGUCUGGCCGCGUGAGCUUAUCACGUUCAUGUUCGCGUUUAUUAGCACCAAUGAGAAGCUGUUUGAAUCAGACUCCACAAGAGCUGCUGGUUUCGCGAAAUUGGCUGAGCGACUUGGAGCCAUCAAUCCAAAGAAUCUAGCAUACUCUCCAAAGAGGGUGAAGGCAAAGCUUGUGGAAAUUCACAGGAGGUGCGGUGGUAAAGCUCCCAUCGAAGAGCUAUACCAUUAUGGUGUCCAUAAAGCAACUCUGCCUGACUUGGAAUUGUGGAAAUAUGCCACGUACAAGGAGAUUCGGCAUCAAAUCGACAUCUUGCGAUCAGAGCAAGGACGACUAAAUCCUUCUUCAAGCACAAUUCAGCCUGCCGAAAGCAAGAGCAAAUAUGAGACGCGUCAACAAAACCCAUCUACUAAAGGCAAAAUUCGGUGUAUUUGUCCGUUCGACACCGAAGAUGGCCAACGAUCUGUUUGCUGCGAGCGGUGUGAGACUUGGCAGCACGUCUUCUGCUACUACGAACCACCAGAAAACCACUUUUGCGAGGAGUGUGUCAAUAAUCUCGCAGCCCAUGGGGCGGAAGCUUCCAUGCAGGACGUCACCAAAGGAAUAGGGCUGCUGUCAGUCGUUUCCGACAAUGGAAAGGACGAAUUGAGCCGAGAAGACCUGCUGAAAAAGGUGGGAGAACUACAGCAUUUGAACCGUCAACUCACUGCAGAAAAUCAAAGUUGUCAACGCCAGAUAAGAUCAUAUAAGCUUACCCUCCAGAAUGAGAGGCAGCUUGGUACAUUUACAACUUUUCGGAACACUGACGCCAUAGAAAGCGAGCCGAGCUUACUUCCAAAUCCGGAAAUUGAGAAGAUCGUCGAAAAGAUCAAUAACCUGAUCCGCGGCUAUUUAGCAUCACGACGGCUUCACGAUAAAGAGCUCCCCUUGAUCUCAAUGGUUCAAGGCCGCGCAACAUCUGACGAACUCUCCAACACUUGGAGCUCAUAUCUAGGAAAACAGCUAUUAUCCACCAGAAAGAAUGCGAAGGAGUACCUAAAGAAAACCACUGCGUCGUCACAUGGCAUUCUGAAGACGCUCGUCUGGACAGCAAUCCGCGACUGGGUCUUCAGCUCGGACGUGUUUUCCCUCGAAUCAUUAACAGGGCCCUUCUUGCCUCAAAUGUCACAUUGCGUCUCGGAUCGUGACGGGCCAGAAGCACUACGGAAUCUCUACCUCGCAUCUUGGUUUGUACUAUUGCAGAUGGAGAACUCGUGGUUCCAGGAUCUCUUGAAUACCAGAGCCGUCGAGCUGGGACAGAGGCUGUCGACCGCUGUUAGCUCACUGAGAAAGAUUUGCAACGCCGAUGCUCAAAGUCAAUCCGAUACUAUCGAAAAGGAUCUCGACGUCGAUUACGCGCGCUUCAAAGAAAUAGUGAUGACGGCCCUGGCGCUAAAAUCUCGGCUGCCAUUUAAAAAAUCUUUGGUCGAACUUUAUCUACCAGCUCCAGGCAGCAUCUUUACUGACUGCCAUGAUGCAUCUCUGUCGCCGAAAGGUUAUACUGAGAAAGGGAGAGUUCUCCUUGCUGUUAGUCCCGCAAUUCUCCUGUACUCUUUGGGUGCAAAUGACAAGCAACAGACUCCAAGUUCGGUGCUUGAUUGCAUGGUCAAUGGGGACAUAGAUCGAGAACAAGGAAUCCUUGUUUGCCAGGCUUCUGUCCUAUGCGAGGAAGACUGA